UGUAACGGAGCGUCAAAAUAGAGCGACGCGAUAACCGCUAGCCAACUGAAGUUAUCCUUCGCAGUUCAGUAAAAAGAAGCCACCAGCACCAUGGCAACUGCACAGUCAGCAUUAACAUUUGCAGUGUGUAUCCUGAUGAUAACAGAGUUGAUACUUGCCAAGAAGGACUACUAUGACAUACUGGGUGUGCGGAAAGAUGCCAACGAGCGUCAGAUAAAGAAGGCUUUUCACAAGCUGGCAAUGAAGUAUCAUCCAGACAAGAACAAGAGCCCAGAUGCUGAGACAAAGUUCAGAGGAAUUGCUGAGGCAUAUGAAACAUUAUCAGAUGAGAAGAGGAGACAAGAGUAUGACCAGUUUGGUCACGGCACAUUCUAUAAUGACAUAACCAAAGACCGAAACGGUCCAAACGUCCACCAGCCCUUCAACUUCAACGACAUGUUCAAGGACUUUGAUAUUUACAGCCAGAACCGGCAUUCCCAUCACCAAAGGCAUUUCGAGGAUCACUUCCGGGCCCACCAGGAGGCCCACCACAGCAGACGCAAGAGACACUUCCAGGGUGCCUUUGGAGCAGCAGGUGGUGGUGGCGGAUUUGACGACAUGUUUGACGACAUGGAGAAGAUGUUUACUUUUGACACGGACACUACUAAGCGGACGGAGAGCACAUUUCAGGGUACUACAACGAAGCAACACUGCAGAACGGUGACACAGCGCAGGGGGAACAUGGUCACCACGUACACUGACUGCACUGGCUCCUGAGGACAGAGGUCUUGUCGGUAUCCACAUCCUCUGGGUCGUGUUCAUUAGGCACGAAAUGGAAGAAAGCAGCCUGAAAUGGGGAGGUACUAUCUGAACUUGUCCAAUAAGCAAGGCUUGUUUUCCAUUGCAUAACAUUUUGAAAUGUUUCUCUACGUUGUGCUCUAAUGAACAUGACCCUGGCACAGCUUGCACAUGAGUAGGCCCCUGUGGCGGGAGCAAGCUGUUUUUGUUGCUGCUGUGACCUAAGUGCUGGUCAUUGCUAUUUUGUUGAGUCACAGUAGCUAAUGAAAACACUUUUUAGCACACUCAGUUUGUAAUUUUUAACAAUUUAAUUAAAGCACUGAAAAGCUUUUGAAGUAUAUUUCUCACAGUAUGGUUAGGAAUGUAAAUGUUGUAGAGAAAUAUUUUUUGGGUUGUGUUAAGUCUAAUCUGGAUCCAGAUUUUCAUAAGCUACUUAGAAUUAUAUAUAUAUAUAUAUAUAUAUAUAUAUAUACUGUAUAUUUUGAACCCCCCCCCCCUUAAUAUUUACAUAGGAUUUUUGAGAAGCUUUUCAGCUAUUCAUUAUAUAGUCCCUUGCAAACCUAAAAAUGCAAUUGAACAUAGUAUCAGUAUUGUUGCCUUAAGCAACUUCAAUUGUUCGAGAGAGAUUUAUUUAGAUUUUUUUCAUGGGAGAAUAUUUUCACUUGAGCUUUGUUAUUGUAAUUAGUCAGCCAAAUAGUUUCAGUAACUACUACCACUGCUGAACCUAGACAUUGUCUGUGUGCAUGUAGUAUUUUGUAUAGCCUACGGCUCCAUUGUGUGAAUCCAGCAGCCUUUUGGUUGGAACAAAACAGUGUGGAUAAUGAACCGUGACAGGUUUGCUUUUGUUUGAUAAAUGGAGAACAACGUCUGCAAAAAUGUUCCCUCAGAACAUGUACUGAAACUGUAUGGCGGCAUUUUGAUGCUGUUGUUAUGGGAUGCUCGCCACUUUAAGUUGAAAUUAGCAACGAAAUAUUCAGAUCGACAAGAACUUGUAUUGGCAAAGAUCAUAACAUGUAAACUGCUGUUGAUGUAGCUGGCUACAUUAUGAUUUUCACUCCAGAGGAACUUUAACAUCUUCUGCUGUCUGCAUGGACCACUGGAAUUUAUAAGCUAACAUUGGUGUAAAUAAAAUCCAGUGUUGUUCAUCCAACACCUCAUAACCACCCCGUUACCUCGUGUUUCACUGGUCUAUAGAAUAGAAAUAUAUGUUCUCCUGGGCUUGUAUUCAGAAAUGUUCUCUGAGUAGGUGUGCUUAUCUAGGAUCAGUUUAGCCUUUUUUAGAUCAAAGUGAAUAACAUUUACAUGGUAAGGCGGAACUGAUCCUGGAUUGGCAGCGAACCUAUUCCGAAACGCUUAAUGAAUAUGAGCCCAAGUUUACGUCAUGUGCAAUAUUUUAAAGCCAGCUCCUCUUGUAAUUCAUAUGUUUCGCCACUGUUACUAGCUGACUUUGUCAUUGUGAUAUGUUGAUGUAUGACCCAUAUAGCACUUUAGUUAUUGUAAUCCAAUGGAUAAAAUGUGUGUUACCUUGACUGAAAAUAGGGUAUAGUCCUUUGAAAAUGGAGGGGGGGGGAGGCUUCAGGAAAUUAAAGAUGAGAACAAACUAUGUGUAUUUUCA